AUGGGCCGGACCCGGCCGGGCGAGCGCGGGCCUGCGGGCCCCGGCCCCGCCGCGCCGCCCGCGCCCCCGCCGCGCCGCGCCCGCGUCCUGGCGCUGCUCGGGGCGCUGCUCGCCGCCGCCGCGGCCGCCGCCGCCGCCCGGGCCUUUGCCCGCUAUAGCGAGGCCCAGGCGGCCGCGAGGCAGGAUUCAGCACUGAAAACCCUGGGGACAGAAGGCCUCUUCCUCUUCUCCUCCCUGGAUGCUGACCGGGACAUGUACAUCAGCCCGGAAGAGUUCAAGCCCAUCGCUGAGAAGCUGACAGGGUCGACUCCUACGGCCAGCUACGAGGAGGAGGAGCUGCCCCCUGACCCCAGCGAGGAGACUCUCACCAUAGAAGCCCGAUUCCAGCCCCUGCUCCCAGAGUCCAUGACCAAGAGCAAAGAUGGGUUCCUAGGGGUCUCCCGCCUAGCCCUGUCCGGCCUCCGCAACUGGACGACGGCAGCCUUGCCGAGCGCUGUGUUUGCCGCCCGCCACUUCCGGCCCUUCCUUCCGCCCCGGGGCCACGUGGAGCUGGGUGAGCCCUGGUGGAUCAUCCCCAGUGAGCUGAGUGUCUUCACCGGCUACCUGUCCAACAACCGCUUCUACCCACCGCCGCCCAAGGGCAAGGAGGUCAUCAUCCAUCGGCUCCUGAGCAUGUUCCACCCGCGGCCCUUCGUGAAGACCCGCUUUGCCCCUCAGGGGGCCGUGGCCUGCCUGACCGCCAUCAGCGACUUCUAUUACACCGUGAUGUUCCGCAUCCACGCCGAGUUCCAGCUCAGCGAGCCCCCCGACUUCCCCUUCUGGUUCUCCCCCGGCCAGUUCACCGGCCACGUCAUCCUCUCCAAAGACGCCACCCACGUCCGCGACUUCCGGCUCUUCGUGCCCAACCACAGGUCUCUGAAUGUGGACAUGGAGUGGCUGUACGGGGCCAGCGAGGGCAGCAACAUGGAGGUGGACAUCGGCUACAUACCCCAGAUGGAGCUGGAGGCACUGGGGCCCUCGGUGCCCUCCGUGAUCCUGGACGAGGAUGGCAACCUGAUCGACAGCCGCCUGCCCUCAGGGGAGCCCCUCCAGUUUGUGUUUGAGGAGAUCCAGUGGCAGCAGGAGCUGAGCUGGGAGGAAGCCGCCCGGCGCCUGGAGGUGGCCAUGUACCCCUUCAAGAAGGUCACCUACCUGCCGUUCACCGAGGCCUUUGAGCAAGCCAAGGCCAAGAACAAGCUGGUGCACUCAAUCCUGCUGUGGGGGGCCCUGGACGACCAGUCCUGCUGA